UUUUAUAAUGUGAAAAGAAUAAUAUUAAAUUAAGAACUUUAAUGAAAAUAAAAUAAAUUUUUGCUAAUUUAAAAGACUUUUCAAUUUGUUUUUAUAAAACUACAAAACUUGAGUAGACUCAGAAACGUUGCAUAAACGAAGUUUUUAUAAAAGAUUUAAUAUAAAUAUUGAAAAUUGGUGAAAAAAAUAAAUCUAGUAAAAUGCCUGCAGCAACAACGCAGGCAGAAAAGCUAGAACGUGAGGCGAGAGCCAAACUCAAUUUAAAUGCAGCUCUUAAAGCUCAUGUAUUAAAAGAAAGACAGCGUAAAAAGGAAGAACAUGAGGCAGAAAUAGAAGAAGAGCGAUUGAGAAAAGAACGUGAAGCUCGUGAAAGACAAGAUGUUAUGACUCUGGGUGAAACAAGAGAACAAAUUAGCAAAUUAGAAAUUAAAUUGAAUGAUCUCAAAAAUGAAAAGCAGUCGUUAUUUUUGCAAUUGAAAAAAGUACUUAAUGAGGAUGAAAAUCGCAAAAAACAACAACAACAAAAAGAUAGUGAAAUGUUUGCGCAAAUGCAUAACGCACCGCAUGCUCAGGUAUUCUUGCCUCCAAGACAACAAAAUAUUGUGAAAACUGGUAUAAAACGUGCUAGAAGUCCUUCACCGCCACAAGGACCACAAAAUGCAUACUAUAAGGGAACACAAUAUUCGCCAAAAAUUGAUGAUGGCCGUAGGGCUCCUGAUGUAUCUAGGGUGCUAUGGAAACAACCUCCCGGACAGUAUCAAAACCCUCCUGGAACAUUGUUUUAUCAAACAACAGCAAAUCCACCACCAAAUGAUGGAAGAACACAACAAAUUAUAUAUCCUGCAUACACACCAAUACCUUUACGUCAAACUUAUUUAGAUAUUCCAGCACAAGCACUCCAACAACAUGCACAACAAAAAGCUGACGUUAAUCAAAUGGGACAUGUACCGCAACCUCAACAACAUAAGCCACCGAUAAUAACUAUGGAAAAGAUUCCAGAUCGCUACCACGUCGAAGUUAAAAUUGAGCGGCCUCCUUCUCAGCCAACUGAAAGUGUUGUAUAUGCUCCACUGCUCCAUCAAAAUAUGAUGCAACAAACUGCAAAACCUGGAGUUUUUCAAACGAGUCGUCCACCAAACAACCAAGCACAACUACAACAACAGCAACUUCAUUUUCCAAGAAGAUUAUUUUAGAUUGUAUAAUAAAUAUUACUACGUAUUAUAAAUUUCAUAAAAUUUUAAUAAAAAAUUGUUUUUUUUUUUUUAAGAAAAAAUUGAUUUAAUAAUU